AUUGGGACUUGAUCUUACGAUGGGAAGAAGAGGGGCCAUGGUGAAUAAAUAGGUAGAAGUCGUCCUCACUUUGGAAGAAUCAUCUCAUACUUUCUCAAUAUAAUUUAUCCACCUCUUCGUCAUUUCAACCAAUUAGACAUCUCCAAGCUGGUCUUGCUUUAUAUUCCAAGUUCCAAAAUGUUUUACUCAGCACUCGCCAUUGUUCUCUCCGCCCUCCCCCUUGCCUUUGCACAAUAUGGCAACGAUCCAGCCUCAACAACUUCGAGCUCACCAGCCUCAGUAUCGACCACAUCAUCCGGAGCAACCGUGCACGUCAUCAAAGUAGGCGAUGGUGCCCUUGCUUUCUCGCCAAACAACAUUACCGCUGCGGUCAACGAUAUUGUCGAAUUCCACUUCUACCCAGCCAAGCACUCCGUCGCCCAAUCCACAUUCGCCGACCCAUGCGUCCCUCUCACCAAUGGAACGAGCUUCUUCAGUGGUAGUAUGAGCACCACCUCUGGAGUUAACGUAAACACGUUCCAACUUACCAUCAACAACACCGCCCCAAUCUGGUUCUACUGUGCUUACCCCGGACAUUGCGAGCAAGGAAUGGCUGGUGUGAUCAACCAAGCUACCACUGGGACAAAGACUCUUGAUGCCUACAUCGCCGCUGCUGCAAACGUCAACAGCACUGUCGCACCAUCCAAUGUUCAAGGUGGUGUCAUUGCUGCCGCUCUUGCAGGAAGCUCUACAGGUACCAGCUCGACGACUGGAACAAGCACAAGCACCAGCAGUACCUCGACAUCAACAUCGAAAAGUGCUGGUGUUGAGACGAAGGGUGCUAUUCGAUGGAUGUUGCUCGGCUUCACAGGAGCCGUGGCUGUCGGUGUAGGAAGUUUGAUGGUGUAAGCGACUGUCUCGCCGGGGAAGAGCUUGUGUGGAGCGAAUAUUUGGUUACAAUUCUUAUAGAUUGAGGUGUUUGGAGGAAUUGGGGCGUAAAAAUGUAUUCAUUAACUUGGAACUUGCCGGCAGAAGCAGUAGGAACACGUGCAAUCAUCAAACUCAACAUACAUAAG